GUCUGUCGAGUGGGGUUGGACAGUCAGAUGUGGAGCCUGGGCCUUGCCUCAGUAUGUGUUAGCCAGUGCAGGGGAUUAACAGGCCACGUUACCUCUUACACCUCAGGGUCCUAGAAGUGGGCCUGGGGUCCUGUCUCCCAUGGGAGAAGGAAGUAGGCCAGACAGAUCUGGGGGAUGGGGCUCACAUUGUCAUUCCUGGUGCCCCCACCCCCAGUGCAUCUGGUUGGGGGGGCGCGGUUGGGAAGUUGGCACUGGUUUUCGCCUGGAGGGAGCAAUAUGUUCAGACAACUGGUGCUGGGCUGCGUUUACCCAACAGCCAGUCUGCCUGGGGAGACAAUAUUUGAAAAACAUUGUAUGGAAACUUGGGCCUGCUGGGGGUAUGGGAGUUCUGCAGGGGACACUGAGGCUGGCUCAGACCCUGCCCCAGGCCUGCUGGCUGUCCUCGCUCCCCUUCUUUGCCCUCUGUAGGCAGAGCUGGAAAUUUUCAUGGCAGGAAGUCCUUCUGUAUGUCUGACCUGGAUCCCUCCUGCUGUGAUUUCAGUAAAAGUAGACCCUACUGUUCUUUGACUCUCCUUUUCUGGCUGCUGUCUCUCUCUCACUCUAGGCCAUCUAUGUGUGUCUCACUCAUCCUCCACUCCCUCAUGCUCCCAACCCCAAUAAUCAGGUUCAGAUUUUCCUAUACUAGAAGGAGAGAUUUGACUGGAGCCAGCAGGACUGGACCCAUCUCUUCCCUCAUUCCUUGAAGUGGGAGAGGGAAGGAACAGCCCGUUGGGUUGGGGGUGGAUGCAAGGGAACUAGAGAGGGCUGUAAGAUCACCUGCUUGAGCUGAGCACUGUGAAUGGAAGUCAGGAAGCUGUGAUGCGGGGAGGGUUUGAGUCUCCCAUGGCGCCUAUUAGUCCUGGUGACCCUAGGCUGCACUCAGUGGCUGGUCUUUAGACCCAUUGUUUGGGACAAGAAAGAAUAUGAGGUUUUCACACUGAGCCAUUCAUGGGCCCAGUCUGAGGGUGUGAGCAAGGAGACACCCAUCGCCCUAUUUAUUCAGAUAGGGAAACUGAGGCACCUUGGGCAGAAUUACACAGGGAAAUGUUGGUAGGGCAGGAUACCCCACUCUGCCUCACACAUUGCAAUCUUGCUCCCCCUCCCAGGUGUCUAGCCGGCUGCCUGAUUUCUGGGCCCUAGCCCCCUCCCACAAUGCCUGUCGCUGGCCUCCUCCUCUGGGCUUCCCUACUGACUGGGGCCUGGCCAGCCACCCCAACCCAGGACUACCUCCCGGCCACGCCCCGGGUCCGGCUUUCAUUUAAAGAGCUUAAGGCCACAGGCACGGCCCACUUCUUCAACUUCCUGCUCAACACAACUGAUUACCGAAUCCUGCUUAAGGACGAGGACCACGACCGCAUGUAUGUGGGCAGCAAGGACUACGUGCUGUCUCUGGACCUGCAUGACAUCAACCGCGAGCCCCUCAUUAUCCACUGGGCAGCCUCCCCACAGCGCAUUGAGGAGUGUGUGCUCUCAGGCAAGGAUGGCAACGGUGAGUGCGGGAACUUCGUCAGGCUCAUCCAGCCCUGGAACCGAACACACCUGUAUGUGUGCGGGACCGGCGCCUACAACCCCAUGUGCACCUAUGUAAACCGCGGCCGCCGCGCCCAGGCCACACCCUGGACCCAGAUGCAGGUGGUCAGAGGCCGAGGCAGCAGAGCCACCGAUGGUGCCCUCCACCCGACGCCCACAGCCCCACGCCAGGAUUACAUCUUCUACCUGGAGCCUGAGAAACUCGAGUCAGGAAAGGGCAAGUGUCCCUAUGACCCCAAGCUGGACACAGCCUCAGCCCUCAUCAACGAGGAGCUCUAUGCAGGUGUGUACAUCGACUUCAUGGGCACCGACGCGGCCAUCUUCCGCACGCUUGGAAAGCAGACGGCCAUGCGCACGGAUCAGUACAACUCCCGGUGGCUCAAUGACCCUUCGUUCAUCCACGCUGAGCUCAUCCCUGACAGCGCCGAGCGCAACGACGACAAGCUCUACUUCUUCUUCCGUGAGCGGUCUGCGGAGGCACCACAGAGCCCCGCGGUGUAUGCCCGCAUCGGGCGGAUCUGCCUGAACGAUGACGGCGGCCACUGCUGCCUGGUCAACAAGUGGAGCACAUUCCUGAAGGCAAGGCUGGUCUGCUCUGUGCCAGGCGAGGAUGGCAUCGAGACCCACUUUGACGAGCUCCGUGAGCACCCGGCAGGCGGGCGGGGGCCUAUGGCUACUGCAGGGGAUGGCGGCCGGAUGGGUGGUCAGGGGAAGCCUGGUGCCCCCCACCCAGGAGUGGGCAGGGCCUUGGGGCUCGUGGCCAAGGUACCCUCCCAGCUCCCUCUCCUUCUGUCCCCAGAGGAUGUGUUUGUCCAGCAGACCCAGGAUGUGAGGAACCCAGUCAUUUACGCUGUCUUUACCUCCUCGGGCUCUGUGUUCCGAGGCUCUGCCGUGUGUGUCUACUCCAUGGCUGACAUUCGCAUGGUCUUCAAUGGGCCCUUUGCCCACAAGGAGGGCCCCAACUACCAAUGGAUGCCCUUCUCAGGGAAGAUGCCCUACCCACGGCCCGGCACGUGCCCUGGUGGAACCUUCACGCCAUCCAUGAAGUCCACCAAGGACUAUCCUGAUGAAGUGAUCAACUUCAUGCGCACCCACCCACUCAUGUACCAGGCCGUUUACCCUCUGCAGCGGCGGCCCCUGGUGGUCCGCACAGGCUCUCCUUACCGUCUCACCACUGUUGCCGUGGACCAGGUGGAUGCAGCCGACGGGCGCUAUGAGGUGCUUUUCCUGGGCACAGACCGCGGGACAGUGCAGAAGGUCAUUGUGCUGCCUAAGGAUGACCAGGAGAUGGAGGAGCUCAUGCUAGAGGAGGUGGAGGUCUUCAAGGACCCAGCAUCUGUUAAGACCAUGACCAUCUCUUCCAAGAGGCAACAACUGUACGUGGCCUCAGCCGUGGGCGUCACACACCUGAGCCUGCACCGCUGCCAGGCAUAUGGAGCCGCCUGUGCCGACUGCUGCCUUGCCCGGGACCCCUACUGUGCCUGGGAUGGCCAAGCCUGUUCCCGCUACACAGCGUCCUCUAAGAGGCGGAGCCGCCGGCAGGACGUCCGGCACGGGAACCCCAUCAGGCAGUGCCGUGGGUUCAAUUCCAAUGCCAAUAAGAAUGCCGUGGAGUCUGUGCAGUAUGGCGUGGCAGGGAGCGCAGCCUUCCUUGAGUGCCAGCCCCGCUCGCCCCAGGCUACCGUUAAGUGGCUGUUCCAGCGAGAUCCGAGUGACCGGCGCCGAGAGAUGCGUGCAGACGACCGCUUCCUGCGCACAGAACAGGGCUUGCUGCUUCGCGCCCUGCAGCUUGGUGAUCGCGGCCUCUACUCCUGUACAGCCACCGAGAACAACUUCAAGCAUGUCAUCACACGAGUGCAGCUGCAUGUACUGGGCCAGGACGCCGUCCAUGCUGCCCUCUUCCCACCCCCAGCUGUGAGCGUCCCACCGCCCCCAGGCGCCGGGCCCCCCACACCCCCUUACCAGGAGCUGGCGCAGCUCCUGGCCCAGCCAGAAGUGGGCCUCAUCCACCAGUACUGCCAGGGUUACUGGCGCCAUGUGCCCCCCAGUCCCAGGGAGGCCCCAGGGGCACCCAGGCCUCCUGAACCCCAGGACCAGAAAAAACCCCGGAACCGCCGCCACCACCCGCCGGACACAUGAGGCCUGCUGUCCGAGCCCUGCGAUGGGCCGGCCUAGUCCUCGUCCCUUUUAAUAUAAAAGAUAAAUAUAUAUAUAUAUAAAAUAUCUAUAUUCUAUAUACACCCUGCCCCUGCAAAGACAGUAUUUAUUGGUGGGUUGUAAAUAGCCUGCCUCAGCGGCAGCAUCAUCCAAAACUUAGACCCAUGCUGGUCAGAGACGGCAGAAAACGGAGCCCACCUAACCAGGCCCGGCCAGUUGGCCGAGCCAGGCCAGGACCACACAGUCCCCAGGCUCAGCUGGGAGUCUACCUGCUCGACAGCCACCGCCAGGAUCUACAGGACACAGGGAAGGAGCAAGCUCUACCUGGAUGGGGCACGGACUGUACACCUUCGCCCAUGUUUGCUGGUGGCAUACAUGUGGAUGCGAGGACUGCUUGGAGACCGGGGGUGGGAGUGAGGGCUCAGAUGCGCUCAGAGAAGGGAAGAAGGGGCUGGCACAGGAUGCCGGCCCCUGCCUGGGACAGGGGCACUCAGUCAAGGCCAGCCCUUUCCUGGGUAUUUAUUCUCUAUUUAUUGGGGACAGGAGAAGAGGAGCCCUGCCUGGGUGGGGCAGCCCCUCCAGCCCCUCCUUCCCUCCCUGCCUGGCCACUCUACCUCCUCUUUGCUUUCUGCAUGCCGCUGUGAUGCAGGGGCUGGGAGAAAAGCAGAGGGGCCAGGCUCAGGCAGCGCUGAGGGGAGAGGGGGUCAUGGUGGAGGCCUGGGGCCUGCAGGGGCUCCCCAGGGCUCCCUUCUGCCCACCACUUCAGAUGAUGGGUGUAAAUAGCUCUGGGGGGCAGUUGGGUAGGUGGAUGGGGGCUCCUGGCAGCCCUCGGCUGUCCAGGCCACACCUGCCCUUGGGUUCCAUCUUGCUAAUAAACACUGGCUCUGGGACUGGACUUUGGCUUUCUCCUUGGCAAAGGAGGGAGGACGGGGGUUCAGCCCACACCCAGAUUCUGUCCCUCCUGCCCCACGCCCCCACCAAUGUGGCUUGACCACCAGUUCCCGCA